UUCAAUACCUGCAAACUUAGUUUCUAUAGUAAACUUGAAGUAAACUAUUUUACUUGUUAACAAUAGAGAUAAAUUUAUUGUUCUACACUCCAUUGAUAACAUUAAAAUGUCUGUCAGUGGAAAAGCAAAACCAGACACGAAGGAAAAAAACCAGAACAUCCAUGUGGCUGUGAGAUGCAGACCUAUUAACAGCAUAGAAAAGAAGCAAGCAAGCUGCUCAGUUCUCAGUUGUGAUCGUAUUAAAAAAGAAGUGACAGUCAAAGAAAGAACCGGAAUUCAUCCAUACACCAAAACGUACAACUUUGAUCAUGUGUUCCCACCAGACUCAGAGCAGAUUGAUGUGUACAAAUCUGUUGUCAUGCCAGUGGUUGAAGAAGUUCUUGCUGGAUAUAAUUGUACGAUCUUUGCAUAUGGACAAACUGGAACUGGUAAAACUUUCACAAUGGAGGGAGAAAGAAGUGAGAAUUCACAGUUGACAUGGGAAGAAGAUCCAUUGUCUGGAAUAAUCCCUAGAGCACUCCACCAAAUUUUUGAAGAUCUUCAAAACCAGACUGAUGUUGAGUUUUCCAUAAGAGUAUCAUUUCUUGAACUUUACAAUGAAGAAUUGUUUGAUUUGCUUGGCUCAAGUAUUGAUCCUCUCAGACUACGUAUUUAUGAAGACAAUACAAAGAAAGGUUCAGUCAUCAUCUCUGGCCUGGAAGAAGUUGUGGUAAGAUCUAAAGAUGAAGUGUUUGAGAUACUUCAACGAGGCACUGCCAAAAGACAGACUGCAGCAACUCUCAUGAAUGCUGUUUCUAGCCGAUCUCAUUCAGUAUUUUCUGUAACAAUUCACAUCAAAGAAAACACUAUGGAUGGGGAGGAACUUCUUAAAACAGGGAAGCUUUAUUUGGUAGAUCUUGCUGGUUCAGAAAACAUUGGGAGAUCUGGGGCUGUGGACAAACGGGCUCGAGAAGCUGGCAACAUCAAUCAGUCCCUGCUUACGCUAGGACGUGUGAUAACAGCUUUAGUUGAGAAAGCUCCUCAUGUUCCAUACAGAGAAAGUAAAUUGACAAGACUUUUGCAAGAUUCUCUUGGUGGACGAACUAAGACAUCAAUUAUUGCAACUAUUUCCCCUGCAUCUUGUAAUUUGGAGGAAACUCUGAGUACAUUAGAUUAUGCUUUUAGAGCUAAAAACAUCACUAACAGGCCAGAAGUCAACCAGAAACUUACUAAAAAGGCAUUGCUUAGGGAGUACAAUGAGGAAAUUGAACGUCUGCGCAGAGAUCUACAAGCAUGUAGGGAGAAAAAUGGCAUUUAUGUGGCUGAAGAGAAUUAUGUGGCUAUGCACAAUAAAAUUAGUCAGCAAGAAGAGGCCAUCCAAGAAAUGGAAGAAAACAUAGAAUGUCUCAAGCUAGAAAUGAAGAAUCUGUCAGAAAUGUUCACCGAGACCAAAGAAGAAUUAAAGGUCACAUCAGAAAACUUGACAAAAACCACACAGCAUCUGGAGGUGACCACCGAGAAACUGAAAGAAACAAGUGAGGAACUGGUUACAACAAAACAGGAUCGUGAUGAGCAGAAAUAUCUGGUGGAAGAGCAUACCAAAAAUGAAGAAACUUUGUUCACACAGGCACAAGAACUGCUUAAAACAACUCAAACAACUAUUUCUGAUGUUAGUGGGCUCCAUAGCAAAAUAGACAGGAAAAAGGCUGUAGAGCAACAUAAUGAGCAUGAGGCCUCAAGCUUCAGUGAAAAUAUGAACCAGCAUCUCACUUGUGUGCAAGAUUUCAUCACAAAAAUGCAUCAUGAAGCUACAGAGCUGAAUGUAAAUGCCUGCUCUCAGAUUGAUGCCAUUGCUAAUCAAUACAAGAAAGAGUUUUUGAGCACAAGGCAAAGUGUAGACAGUUUUACCAGCUUAAUGCACAAAGACUUGGCUGAUGCUAUGAAACAACACGAAAAGUUUACAAACAAAGGCUUGCAAUGGGAGGCAGCAACUAAAAGCUCUUUUAAUCAGUUCCAGGAAAAAGCAAAGGCAUAUUAUCAAAGUGUGCAGAAUGAGAUGUCUGGAAAACUAAAAGAAAUUCAGCAAGAUUAUCGUGAACAAAGUAAUCUGUUAUCUGAACUAAAUGGAGUUUUAUGGAAACAGAAAGAAGAAAUGUAUAUCAACUUGACAAAAUGUCAUGCUGAAAUAAUCAACUACUUGGGUAAAAUAGUAUCUAGCAGCCACCAGCAUAUUGAAGAGUUAAACAGGCAGAAUGCAGCAAUGAAAGAAUAUCUGAAGGAAGCAUCAGACCAAGAGACUCUCUUAGAGGAGAAGGUUCUAGAACUAUUUGCCUUGAGAAGAAAGGCUUACAAUGAAACUAUAGAGAAAGCCAAGAAGCAUGUUGAUACACAUGUCAACAGUAACACAGCAUACAGCUCAGAACUGAAAAGACAAGAAGAUGAGCUGACUAAUUAUAUGGAGUCACAGCUGAAGAAUUUACAAGACAAUGUCCUUACAAAUGUAGAGGCUAAUUCAGUGGUGGUAAUAAAGGCUUCCAAGGUUCUGGAGCAGAGAGAUGAAGUGUUCCCUUGGACAAUGAACAAAGCAGAAGAAGCUGUGCAACAAAACAAUAUGUUUUGGAAAGAGAGUUCAGAUUUCAUCAACCAAAAUACUGCUUCAUGGUUAGGAAGUACAGAAGAAUUUGUUACAGGCCAAGGACAUUCAUUAGAGACACUGGAAGAUCACUGUAACAAGCAUGCACUGUCAAUAAAGGCAGAUCAAGAUAAGAGCAGUGUGACCUUUGACUCCAACAUCUCCAACACAUCCACACUGUUACAGUCACUGUCUCAUGUACUGGACCAAGGACGGGAUAAACAGAAUAACAACCUAGAGACCACCAAAGUGUUGGUCAAUGACUUCAUUACUAAACAGCUGAAAAAAGACAUCCCAACUGGGCUAACACCACAACGGUGUGACUACAAGUAUCCGGAAAAUUUAACAAAAACAAAUGAUCACGAGGUGCUACUAGAAAAUUUCCGGUCAAAUAAAACAAGUUUAGAUUCAGUUGUAGCAAACCUUGCUGAAGAAAUGGAUGCAGCAGUUGAGAAUGGAAAUAGUCCAGCUCCUCUUGAGGAUCCUCAUGGAAGUCAGAGUAACUUAAGUAUUACAGAAAGUGAAAAAUCUGGUCUUUCUCAUGUCAGUACUUCUGGUAUCUCCACUUGCAGUAUUAAAAGCAAAAUCUCAGAUGUUGAAUCCACAAAAGAAAACAAACAGAAGGGGAUGAAGCCACCACAAACAACAAACACAAAACGAGCCAAGGUGGCAAUCAAGACCCCAACAAAGAAUAAAACCCCCAGCAAAGUCCAGCCACUUCAAAAUUCUGGUAACAGUAGAACCAAGCUGCCAUUAAGGUCCAACAAUCCCUCUUGAUCUCUAGUAUUUUAAUUCUUUAAAGCCAUGUACAUUUAAUGCAGCUCCUUUAUACCGAUGUAAAACUUGUAAAUUAAUAAAGCUUCACUCACAUGUCUACAUUUCUAUAGAUAAAGGGUUCACUUGUGUGUCUCAAGUUUAGACUUUGGUUAUUGUUUUAUUCCACAAUUGUUUAGUAAGGAAAUAGCCUAUUCCUUAGUCACACGUUUUUCUACAAAUGUUUUUGUUUCCUUGGAGCAUGAAGUUAUUUGUAUUCAGAAAAUAUUUGUAUUGCUUUGGGUGCCUUAUGGUGUGUUUAGUAGUGACCUAAAGUUUGUUGAGAGCAUCAAAUGUGUAGUGGACUUGUACAGCCUAAUGUCUUGAUGAUUUGUUUUUAUUGCAUUGGGUGCCUUAAGGUGUGUUUAGUGGUGACCUAAAGUUUGUUGAGAGCAUUGGAUGUGUAGGGGAUGUGUACGGACUAGUGUUGUCAUGGAGAUUUGUUUUUAUUUGCCACUGCCUGUUUUUAUCAUGUAAAUAAUGCUUUGUCUUGUUCAUAUUUUAGUGAACUGAUUAUAAUUCUAUAAAUCAUUAGAAUUUGCAAUUCUUCCUUAGGUCAAUCUAUAUUUCAAAAUGUGUAAAAUAUAGUGUAAUUGAUGUUGUUAGCUACAGUUAAUGUUGCAAAAAUGGUUUACUUUAUUACUUACCUUCUCCUAAUAUGUAUUGUUCAAUUGUAAUUAUCUGAAACUGUAGCAAAAGAACAAGAUGUAAUUAUGGAAAAUUAAAUGGAUUUAAAUAGUAGUAGAAUGGAAUCUUAAGAUUUAAUUAUCAUGCAUAGAAAAUUUAACUUGAGUCAUUAUUUAUUUUUGUGUAUUCACAAUUAAAAGAUAUUGCAAUUUUAGUAGACAAGAUGUUUUUAUUUUGACAAUUUGCAUGAAAUAUUUAAUAAACUUAU